GUUUCUCAGGUUGCUAAGAGGAUUUACAAAUGAAGUGGCUGCUGUAUAUGGCAGAGGACCUUUGAUCAUGUAGUCUACAAGUGUCAACCUAGGUAUUAAUGUCACUAUGAACAAUGGCCCAGCUGUAUUACAAGAAGGUGAACUACUCACCCUACAGAGAUCGGAUCCCUCUACAGAUUGUGAGGGCAGAGGCAGAACUGUCACUGGAAGAAAAGGCCUACCUCAUUGCUGUGGAGAAGGGGGAUUAUGCCAGUGUCAAACAUGCCUUGGAGGAGGCUGAAAUCUAUUACAACAUCAACAUCAAUUGCAUGGAUCCACUGGGCCGCAGCGCUCUUCUUAUAGCCAUAGAGAACGAGAACCUGGAGAUCAUGGAGCUGCUGCUAAGCCACAAUAUAUAUGUGGGGGAUGCUCUCUUGUAUGCAAUAAGGAAGGAAGUGGUGGGAGCUGUAGAGCUACUUCUCAGUCACAGGAAACCAAGUGGGGAGAAGCAGGUGCCAACCUUAAUGAUGGACACACAGUUUUCUGAGUUUACCCCGGACAUUACUCCUAUCAUGUUGGCAGCUCACGCUAAUAACUACGAAAUUAUAAAACUCCUAGUCCAAAGAAGAGUAACCAUCCCUCGACCACACCAGAUACGUUGCAACUGUGUGGAGUGUGUCUCCAGCUCAGAAGUUGACAGCCUUAGGCACUCCAGGUCAAGGCUCAACAUUUACAAGGCUCUUGCGAGCCCCUCUCUGAUUGCCUUAUCUAGUGAGGAUCCCAUCCUGACUGCUUUUCGCCUUGGCUGGGAACUGAAAGAGCUCAGCAAAGUGGAGAAUGAAUUUAAGGCAGAAUAUGAAGAACUGUCUCAACAGUGUAAGAAAUUUGCCAAGGACUUGCUUGAUCAAGCUCGAAGCUCUAGAGAACUGGAGAUUAUCCUCAACCACAGGGAUGACCAAAGUGAGGAGCUGGACCCUCAGAAGUGUCAUGACCUUGCAAAACUGAAAGUAGCAAUAAAGUAUCACCAGAAGGAGUUUGUGGCCCAGCCAAACUGCCAGCAGUUAUUGGCUACACUGUGGUAUGAUGGAUUCCCCGGUUGGCGGCGGAAGCACUGGGCUGUGAAGCUGGUGACUUGCAUUACCAUUGGGCUGUUGUUCCCCGUGCUAUCCGUGGCAUAUUUGAUCGCACCGAAGAGCAGGCUGGGACUGUUCAUUAAAAAGCCAUUCAUCAAGUUUAUCUGCCACACAGCCUCAUAUCUCACCUUCCUCUUCCUCCUGCUCCUGGCCUCCCAGCACAUAGUGAGAACAGAACUGCACAUGCAAGGGCCUCCUCCCACAGUAGUGGAGUGGAUGAUCCUGCCCUGGGUCCUAGGUUUUAUUUGGGGUGAAAUAAAGGAGAUGUGGGAUGGCGGGUUUAAUGAGUAUGUCCAUGACUGGUGGAACCUCAUGGACUUUGCAAUGAACUCCCUCUACCUUGCAACCAUCUCCCUUAAAAUAGUUGCUUAUGUAAAGUACAACGGUUCAAAGCCAAGAGAAGAGUGGGACAUGUGGCACCCCACACUGAUUGCCGAAGCUUUCUUUGCAAUAUCCAAUAUCCUGAGCUCCCUACGUCUCAUCUCCCUGUUCACAGCGAAUUCUCACCUCGGCCCCUUACAAAUUUCCCUUGGGAGGAUGCUGCUGGACAUUCUCAAAUUCCUCUUUAUCUACUGCCUGGUGCUGCUGGCUUUUGCCAAUGGACUAAACCAACUCUACUUUUAUUAUGAGACUAGUGCCUCUGAGGAACCUAACAACUGCAAGGGGAUACGAUGCGAGAAACAGAAUAACGCAUUUUCCACCCUUUUUGAGACCCUUCAGUCUUUGUUUUGGUCAGUGUUUGGUCUUCUGAACUUGUAUGUCACCAAUGUUAAAGCACGUCACGAGUUUACAGAGUUUGUCGGAGCCACGAUGUUUGGAACGUACAAUGUCAUCUCAUUGGUUGUGUUACUCAACAUGCUGAUAGCUAUGAUGAACAACUCCUACCAGCUCAUUGCGGAUCAUGCUGACAUUGAAUGGAAAUUUGCUAGGACUAAGCUGUGGAUGAGUUAUUUUGAUGAAGGUGCGACAAUGCCUCCUCCUUUUAACAUCAUUGCCAGCCCAAAAUCCAUCUGGUACUUCUGCAAGUGGAUCCGCUAUAAACUCUGCCCUGGCAAGAACUCAGAAGAAGACAUGCAAAAGCAGCACGAGAACCUAAAGACGUUUACAGAACGGCACGCUGACAACCUGAUUCAGAAUCAACAUUACCAGGAAGUUAUCAGAAACCUGGUAAAAAGAUACGUCGCUGCAAUGAUCAGAAAUUCAAAGACCAACGAAGGGCUUACAGAAGAAAACUUCAAGGAACUGAAACAGGACAUCUCCAGCUUUCGAUAUGAAGUGCUCGAUCUCUUAGGAAAUCGUAAGCCACCGCGAAGAAGCUACUCCACCAGCAGCACGGAGGUGUCUCAAAAAGAUGAGGCAGCAGAAGAGCAACCCAAGGCAAAAAGUGUUUCUUUCGGCGUAACUAACAAAAAGAAGGAUUUUAACGUGUCGGCAUUGAUUAAGACAAUGUCCGGGAUUGAAAAUGUGGAGGAUGCUCCCAAGAGUAACGGCAUUAGCAAGCGUUCAUUUAUCAGGAAUGGUAACAAGCUUCAAAGGCUUUCAAGUUCUAAAAAGGAGUCCUUUAAAAGACUAGGUCUACUCUUUUCCAAAAUGAACGGGCAUGUGACAGAGCCAGUGUCUGAACCAGUGUACACCAUUUCAGAUGGGCUAGUCCAGCCUCACGCUAUGUGGCAGGACUUACAACAUAUCCAGACUGGCCAGGAGACAGAGCGCUCUGUAAGUGAAACUAACCUCAAUGAGGUGAGUCAUGAUGGGAGCAUUGUUGGACCAAGCAAUGAGAAUCCUCCUAUUUGUACCAACUCUUUACACUGUGCUUCCAACCUCUGCUCUUCAAAUACCAGGCUCAUAGACUCAACAGAAGAUGUUUUUGACUCUUGGGGUGAGACAUGCGACCUUUUUAUCAAUAAGUGGAAAGAUGGCCAGGAAGAGCAGGUCACAACAAGACUAUAAGUAUAAACCUAGAAUUGCUGUAUCAUAGAACAGACAGAUAUUUUUACACUUCCCUUUUACAGAUAAUUAAAAAGGUAGGGUCUUCUUUAUGUCCAUGUGAUGUGUGUCACUUCCAUUAAUGUGUGUUCUGUUAUCCUCUAGUUCUUACCAGAUUUUGGUUUGCUUUCGGGAGCAGAGUGCUAGGAUAUUGCCAAGUUUUUAAAUGAUCCUAUUCAUCAUUAGCAGGGCCUUUGCAUUAUAAUACAAUAAAGUACUCAUAGGACCUUUUCUGACAUCACAGAUUCUAUAUAUCUUGAUCUCUCUAUCUCUAUACUGUAUAUAUUUAUAAGUCCAAAGAAUGUCGAAUAUUUACUGCAACUAUCCAUAAAAAAGCAGAAACUCCUGCAAUCUUUUUUUCAGCAUUUCGAAUUAGGACCCUGGAGCAUGUCGUCUCUUAUGCUUACAUUAACUAAUCCUAAAUUGUGCUUAGAAAAAAGUUGGUUUGUACGAACCUUACCAGUUAAAACAAAUCACUUCCCGAUGGAAGGGAGGUAUGUAUUACUUAUUUAAUUUAAGCUAAGACCAAGAGAAAAGAAGUAAAACCCCCUUACCUUCCACACCCCAAACCAAUUAGGAAUUAAACAAGUGCUUAACGCAAUAAUUCGAUGGGUUAAAUAUGGUACCAGUGAUUACUGGGUUAAAAAAGGUGAUGUCUAUGUGCUUAAAUCAUUAAUUAAUUGCUUGUAAAAACAUUAGAAGUGCUGAGUGCUAGUUCGUUCUAUAAAACAAUUGUUAAAUUAGAAUUAUAUAAAAGAACACCAUUAAGGAAAUUCUUUUAAAGUGCUAGCACCACAACGUAGAUGCAAUCACAGAUUGACAAUGUGCGAAAACAAUUAAGUAAAAUUGGAUUUAUGAAAGACAGGCAAGGCUGUCUCGUAUAGGAAGUGGGUUUUACUUCUUUUCUCUUGGUUUUAGCUUAAUCCUAACUUGUGGUCACCAAUAGAAUCUUUACCUGCUGAAACUGAUAACACACAGGCCAUACUGUAACGGUUUUUAAAGGGGUGGUUCACCUUUAAAUUAACUUUCAGUAGGCUGUAAUUAGGGACAUUCUGAGGCAAUUUCAAAUGGUCUUCAGUUUUUAUUUUUUGCAAGUUUUUCAUUCAGCAGCUCUCCAGUUUGGUUAUUUAAACAGUUAUCUGGUUGCAAAGGUCUUAUUUACCCUAGCAAGGGAUGAAUAUGAAUAGGAGAAGAACUGAAUAGGGAGAUAAGUAAUAAAAAUGGUAGCCUCCGAGAGCAAUCUUUUUUUGCCUGUUGGGGUUAGUGCCCCCAUCUGAAAGUCAGAAAGAGUCAAAAGAGAGCAAAUUAUUAAAAACUAUACAAAAUAAUGAAG